AUGUCUACGCUUGCCGCGUCGCCCUCCCCCUCCGCGCCGGCCUCGAAGCGCCACUCGUUAAACAUAUCUAUUGGCCCGCGCCCCCUCCAGCUCGUCGACGGCGCCGGCGGGCCGCAGACCGCGCCGCUCGCGCAGGGCGAGGGGCGCGGGGUGUGGGGGUUUGAGAGCAAGACGAUGAGCCCGCCGAUGAGUGCGUCCGCGCGCUUCCCUGCGACGACGAAGGCGCAGAGGCGGCAGUCGAGCAUCUCGUACAUUCCGCCGGACUCGCCGUCGCCGUUUACGAGGUACUCGGCGGGCGUGGGGCGGAGUCAGAGUGUGAGGGGGAGCGGGCUGAAGGGGCAGCGGGACAGCACGAGCUCGUUGUCAAGCAUCGGGGAUGGGGAGCGGGUCGAGCGGGAGCCGUUGACGUUGGUGGAGAAGCAUGCCGAACUGCUGCACUUCAUUGCGCAGAAGGAGUCGAAGUGUCUAGAGUUGAGGAGUCAGCUUCAGAUGCAUGAAGCCGAGCUGCUGCAGUUGAAGCGCAAAUGGGAGCGCAUAGUAGCCAAGGGCGCGAACACCACGUCCGCAGGACCCUCAUCAACGACCACUGCUUCGACCUCGCCGCCUUCGCAAACCCACUCUCCCUCAGUACAAUCUCCCGACGUGAACACCAUGAUGCUUGGCGGGAUCAAAGAGGUCGGCCGCUGGAUGGCGUCGCUGUCAAAUACACCGGCCUCGGGCCAGUCCCCACCCAAGCAGUCCAGCCGACCCAAGCACCGCACCGCCAAGUCUUACGAGUCGAAGAAGUCGAAGACUUCAGACGAUGAAGCGGACGACGAGGAUGAGGACGCGACGAUACAUCCGAAGAGCAGGACACCGGUACCGGAGGACGACCUGCUGGGGACGAGCGCGCCUAUCGGGAGGUCAGCAUCGGUAGCCAACGCACAACAGGCAGCGGCGCCGUCGAUGCCGGGCUUGGGGUCAAUUAGUGUGGCUGCGCCGUGGGUGGGGAAGAAGCUGGAGGAGCUCUCGGGCCUCACCCCGCAGCAAAUACGCACCAGCAAGCGCGGCUCACUACAGUUCCUCGCCGACGGUCUCUCCAGCGUCCUCUCCCCAGCGUCGCCCUCGCUAAGUAACUCAGACUUCGCCGCUACCUCCGCCCAGUCUCCUAGCAACACCUCCCGCGCACGCAAGCGCAACAGCACGCCUUCCGUGUCCUCAUCUAAUGGAAAUCUUUCGAUCUCCUCGAACGGCUCCGUCAUGUCGAAUGGAUCCACCUUCUCCAAUGCGUCAAUGCUGACCACAUCCUCCUCGACCAACUCCUCCCUCCUCGACGACGAUGAUGACGAUUUCUUCGGGACCCUCCUCGGCCAGAAGAGCGCGCCUGCGUUCAAGGUGAUGACCCCGGACUCGACGAGCGCGGCCGCGCCGAAGAAAACACCGGCGAUCAAGGAGGAGACGGUGUUCGAGCAGGACGAGGAGUGGAACUGGUAA